CUAUGUUCCUCGCAGCGGUGGGCGUCGCGCUGGCACUCCCUCAGUACAACUCCGCCCCGGCGCCCGCGGCACCAGCUCAGUAUGGCACUUCGGAGCCCGUGGAUCCUGCAUCCUACACCUUCUCCUACGACGCCAACGACGCAGAGACGGGCAACCAGUACGGCCACGCAGAGCAGAGACAAGGACCCCAGUCUUCAGGUGAAUACCGGGUGCUGCUACCCGACGGCCGCACCCAGGUGGUUCGCUACACGGUCGAGGGGGACUCGGGUUACGUCGCCAAGGUCUCGUACGAAGGGGGUGGAGCUCCUGCCGCAGGGGGUUAUCAGUAGGACGAAAUGAUCCGAAGGAGGGGAGAGGUGUUCCGGCAGGAGGAGAGAUGUGAAGAAGGAGUGUGUAGGAGGUUUUAUGAAUAUGAUGUUAAGGAAGGUUAGGGCAGGAGGAGGACCAAUUGACAGAGAGAUGUGAGGGAGUGUGUAUGCAAAUUUACGAGGAAGAGCCCAGCUACGAUUCCAUGUCGUUGGGGGCUACUCAUUUCUCGUGAGACAUUCUAGUGUUGAUCUUUAAUGUUUGUGAAAAAUGUGUCUUUGUGAAAAAUGAAUUCAUUGUUUCUAAAAUGUUUUUUUAAAGGUAACUUGGUACUGGCGCAGGUCGCACGUGUUUUGUUUGUAACUGUUUAUAUUGUUCCUGUUAUUUGUUCAUUCUACAGUUUAG